ACGCCGUAUCGAGGUGUAGCUUCAGGUAUCUAAAGGGAAAAGGGCAGUAACAGGCAACCUCAUACUACGUUUAAAACCCUAGUUUUAUCUUCGCCGCUCGGAUCUGGGUCCUGGCUUCGUAUCGGAAAGAGCCGAGAAAGACGAUCCGAAUCCUGCCAGCGGGUAAAAUGAAUGUGUAAAAAAACCUGGUUUUACAAUUUUCUCGGCGGCCCUGGCUGGGAUCUCGCGAGAGCACCGCGGCACCUCUCGCGAUAGGUGGACUCGGGAGGAGAAGAGGGAGAUCUGAGCGGCACGGCGGCGGUGGCGGCGGCGAACAGCGGACAGCGGACAGCGGACAGCGGUAGACUCCUAGACAGUGGGGAGGAAAGGUGAUCAUGGAAAAUCUUGAGGAAAAUACUGCUGUCCUUUCUAGCUUGAGGACUUUGGAAGACUUCAUUUCAAAACCAGAUGUGGAGGGUGGAUCUAGCCUGAAUGUGCAGUAUCAGCAGAGCAUGCAAUUGGAAGAAAGAGCUGAGCAGAUUCGUUCAAAGUCUCACCUUAUCCAGGUAGAACGGGAGAAGAUACAGAUGGAGUUGAGCCAUAAAAGGGCUAGAGUUGAACUUGAGAAGGCAGCAACAACUAAUGCCAGGAAUUAUGAGAGAGAAGCUGACCGCAACCAGGAGCUCCUGACCCGUAUCAAACAGCUUCACGAGAGACAAGUAGAAAUGGAGAAUAAAUUGAAGGAACAGACUGAAAUCAACAGGUCUUGUAAACAGAAUCUGGACACUGCAAAUAAGAAGCUUCAGGAGAAAGAGAACAAGUUAGCUGAAGCUAAUGAGACCAUCAGUGAAUUAAAGGUGAAAAUUUCUGAGUUGCAGUGGAAUAUAAUGAACCAGGAGAUGCAAGUGAAGAAUUUGGAAUCCCAGAAGCAGGAGCUGAUGGAGCAGUUAGAUGUGCAGAACAAAAAAUGUCAGGAAACCAACCAGAGAGUCCAGGAGCUCCAAGCAAAUCAGUGUCUUAUUGUUGACAAUGAACAGAAAAUCAAAGAACUAGAGCAGAAGCUGUCUCUGCAGGAGCAGGAUGCUGCCAUUGUGAAGAACAUGAAGUCAGAACUUGUACGUUUCCCAAAGAUGGAGAGAGAAGUAAAACAACUAAGGGAGGAAAAUGCCUACCUGAGUUCCUUUGAAGACUUUUUGUUCAUGUUCUUUGACUACUUUCCUAUUAGAGAAAUGAAAGAGAACAAUGGCUUGUUGAAAGAAGAAGUAGAAGGACUUCAGAGAAAACUGGAACGUCAUGAGAAGCUACAGGAAGAUAUGGUGGCCUUGGAAUUAGAGAAGGAGAAACUACUGGAAAAGCUGAAAAGUUGGGAGAGAAUGGACCAAAGUAUGGGCUUAAAUAUCAGGACCCCUGAAGAUCUCUCCAACUACAUUGUGGCUCUGCAACAGAGGGAGCUUGAAUUGACAGACAAAAGCACCAGCAUCACAAGCAGUGCUCGCAUAUUGGAAAAGAUGCGUCAGCAGCUACAAGAAGAUUUACUUAAGGUCCAGAGUCAACUGGUAGAGGAAAGGAAGAAGCGGGAGUACAACGAAGGCCUGGCUCGGCGUCUUCAGAAGCGAGUUUUCCUUUUGACAAAGGUAGCAGUUCAAGAGCGAGAUGUAAUGAGAUCUAUCUUGAACUCCUUUGAAAAUGAUCUUUCUCCAGCAGAGCACUCUCCCCAGUUGACCCUUCAAGUCCGUGAAGCUGAGGACAUGGUGCAGAAUUUGCAUGCUCAUUCUGCUGAGAUGGAGGUUCAACUAUCUCAAGCCCUAGAAGAAUUAGGGGAACAGAAAGGAAGAGCUGACAUGCUGGAGAUGGAGCUAAAAAUCUUGAAAUCUCAGACCGGUUCAGUUGAUCAGAGCUUGUUUGUGUCCAAUGAUGAGUUGAACGCCCUCAGGUUAAAGGUUGAGGAGCUGGUAACCGCACGAAAUAAGUUAGAAGAGGAGAAGAAAAAUCUUGAGAUGCAGCUUGAGCAAUUGACCCUCCAGGGUUACUAUGACCAGAGCAAAACAAAAGUAAUCCACUUGAGUAAGAAUCCAGCCAGCCUUGCCAAAGGACGACUCAAGAUGGAGCAGCAGCAGCUGCAGGAAGAGUGCCAGCAACUCCAGGAGCUGGUCCGGGUCCUAGAAGGAGGUGGCGCCAUUCCCAACAAAUUGGAAGGGGUUGGAUGUUUGCAGCCUUCACAGGAGAUUUCAGAUCUGAAGAAGCAAUUGGAAAGUGCUGAACUGAAAAAUCAACGCCUAAAGGAAGUUUUCCAGACCAAGAUCCAAGAAUUCCGUAAAGUCUGCUAUACCCUGACAGGCUACCGUAUAGACUUCACCACUGAGAACCAGUACCGUCUUACCUCUAUGUAUGCAGAGCACAAAUCAGACUGUCUCAUUUUUAAGGCCUCAAGUCCCUCAAGAACCAAGAUGCAACUUCUGGAGACAGAGUUCUCUCGCACCAUCCGUGAGCUCAUCGACCUCCACCUGCUGCAGCAGGACAGCAUCCCUGUGUUCCUCAGCUCAGUGACCCUUGACCUCUUCAGCCGCCAGACAAUCACCUAAGCCAGGCUGCCUUAUUGGGAUUCCAGUGCCUUAAGCAGAGGCCACGAGAGCUUGAGGCUACCCUUAUCCCCCCCCCCAAAGGUUUAAAGUAUCCCCCAUUUUCACAUUGCUUUGAUUGAAAAGGAUACGAAGAGAGCAGGUGACCUUGCUUUUUAGAUUCCAUUUGUCUCACCCCUCACUGAUGUCCCAAACAUCCUCUCCUGUCCCACCUGACCUAAUCCUAUCACCCUGGCUUUUGAUAUCUGUAGAUCACCAUCUGUCGCUUCCCCAGAUAUUACCACAGAGCAGUGCAUGCUGCUCUCUCCAGGGCCUCCUCUUUCCUGGGUUGUAUCCCUUAGCCCCCACAGAUGGUGACAGCCCCAGAAACUCAUUGAUAGCAUCCAGGAGCCCAUUCCUCAGGGAGCCCCCAUUAGGGGCACCAGCAGCCCCCAAAAGUUAAACCACUUGUAAGAACUGAUCAACCUCGAGGAAGGUGACCUCAGGGCCUUAACUUUGUUUUCUUUGAGGUGACACCUUAUCAAGACCCUCAAAUCCAUUCCUUAUCCAUGGCUGUCUCCUCUUCUUACUUCAAUGUGCCUUAUAGACCGAGCUUAGAUCUCACUGGACAUCUUAUCCUGUCUGGUCUUCAAGACAGACUCCUAGAAGUGAGAGGGGGCGGUUGAGGGGUCAAGUGAUUGCCAUGGGACCCUGUGGGCCUGCCCCCUGCCUUUCUUCCCCUCCCCCCAUAACUGCAGUCCCAUCCCCCCUUCCCCCCAGGAUCUGCCUCCUCUAUCAGCACAGCUUGGGAAUCUGGGAAACAUUAUCUACUGAUGAGGCAUUUGUUUAUCUUUGCACAAUAAAGUUUCCUUCCACCUCCUA